UUGUUUGUAGGUGCGUGAAGUUUGUAUUAGUUGUUGUUGGUAGCAACCUCAAUGGCAUUUGCCUUGUCUGUACACGCAUUACGGCCAAUUGAGAUCAGCAUCAGUUGGUAGAAAAGACCUAAGAUACUUCAAUUUCAACAGAACAGAAAUUUCAUUCGCUCCAGCAACAGAGGUUGAUCAAGAUGGAGCUGAUUACAGAUAAAGUUGAACAUUUUCAGAAGUUCUAUGCAUGGGCACUAACACGAACAGAUGACCGAGUCAAGGACUGGUUUUUAAUGCAAAGCUACACACCCACACUAGCCAUCACAGCAUUGUACUUGUUUGCAGUAUGGGUUGGGCCAAAAAUAAUGAAAGACAGAGAGCCGUUUAAAUUCAAAUGGACGUUAUUUUUCUACAAUUUUGGUUUAAUUGUGAUGAACUUUCAUAUAUGCUCACAGCUUCUAUGGUAUUCAACAAAGUUAAAUUAUAGUUAUUCUUGUCAGCCGGUCAACUACACCAACGACCAUGGUGAAAUGAAGAUAGCCAGUGCUCUGUGGUGGUUUUACUUCUCCAAGUGUGUGGAGAUGUUGGACACUAUAUUCUUCAUCAUGCUGCGGAAGAAGGACAACCAAGUGAGUUUCCUGCACGUGUACCACCACGCCUCCAUGUUUCCCAUCUGGUGGAUCGGCAUCAAGUGGGUGGCCGGCGGACAGUCCUUCUUCGGUGCCAUGAUCAACUCAUUCAUCCAUGUUGUGAUGUACACAUACUACGGCGUGUCGGCUCUUGGACCAGAGUACCAAAAAUACCUUUGGUGGAAGCGCUACCUGACCAAACUCCAACUGCUCCAAUUCUUUAUCGGAAUGGUGUACGGAAUCCAAGGAUUGUUAAUAGAGUGCGACUUUCCCAAUUGGAUGCAGUAUGCGGGCCUAGUCUAUGGAAUAACAAUUAUCACCCUAUUUAUCAACUUUUACAUCCAAGCAUACCUCAAGAAAAAGCCCACGUCUAAAUCAAAGGGAGGAGAGUCAAAGGCCCAGGUCGCCAAUGGAAAAGUUGCAAAUGGUACUACACGGGGCCACAAGAGGAACGGUAGCGUCGUAACGGCUAAUGGUGUUAUUGAAGCCAAGAAGGACAAAUAGACUAGUCAUUGGUCAAGAAUCUGCAGGUCACUUGUGUGGCUAGCCAGAUCUCUCAUAGAGUGCCACCCAACUCGGAACAACCAUACACCACAUUGUGCUAUGAAAGAAAAGAUUCCUCCAGCAAAUUGUACAUCUGAAUUGGGUAUUGAUUCAACAACUUUCAUGAAUCAUAUAUCUGCAUUAGGUAUCCAUUCAACUUCUUCUCAUAACCUCACUUGUCUUAUGUGAGACACAAUACAAACUUCAGUCUGCUGUAGUUUCAACUGUUCUUACUCACUGUGUCAUCGCCGACAGAAUGUCCGCACUUUCAUGUUAACAGAAAGAAUAGUUUGGAAGCAUGCAGUUGGUAGUAUCUUGAACAAAUUAGUAUCUAUUUUUAAUAUAUUUCUUGUCCAUAGGGCAUUAUUUCAAUACUGCAUGCGAUCGAGGCACAGUUGUGACCUCCAUGGGGUCUCAGCCUAAUCUAAUUACAUCUUCUGGAUUAAAAUAGUUCAAAUUUCUUAACUUGAAAAAACCCACAAGUGUUACAUACUGUUUUUAUACAGAGUGAACAAAAUGUUUGAUUCUGUAACUAUUUUAUUAGUGUCUUUUGAAGAAGCUGUAGCUGUUGCCAACUUAUCUCCAUGACAAUGACUCUGGUUAUGUGGUUCUGAAGCACUUGUGAUGUUUGCUUACAUUACAUAUACCUCGAAAUCCAUCGUCCCAAAUCACAUGAUGCUCUUUUCCGGGGAAGUCAUAUCUGAGGAAACUGUGUACAUGUAUGGGAUCAACCACAUUUAUCUCCGAUACAUUACCUUUCUCUGUGGAAAUAUGUUCGAGUCAGAGCAGUAUAGAAGUGAAGUCAAAUCAUUCUAGAAAGCUGUCAAAUAUCUGAUCUCAAUGAAAUUGUUUAUGGGUUGGAUUGAAAUCAACUGUUGUGAAUAAGUGAUAUCUGUAUUAUAUCUGUCUCCAAGACCAAAGUUCACUGCUAUAUGGAGCAGACGCAUGACAAGUCACAUACUGUGAUAUCUCACUGUAUAGUUACACAAUAGUGAAAGUACCUUUCAUCAACUAGCCUCAAUGUGAAUGCCUUCAGUUUACAGGACAAAGUUGCCAAAACAUUCUACUCACAUACUAAAUCAGAUCAAAAUAUUUGGAUGGUUAUUUUGUUUAAUGUGUGCCAUUAUUUUAUUAUUGCACCUUCAUUCUGAUGUUUUAAAAGAACAAAUGUAUGUAGGUUUGCAAACUUAAGUGGAAUAUAUAUCCUAGCUCUCUGGCUGCAGCAGUGAGACUAUCCAACAUGGCUGUCUUGGUAUGUUGUGUUCUCAAAGAUCUCAGGGGCUUCGCCUACAUCUUGGCUGUUGAGCAGCCAUACAAAAUAUCAUGCUGUUAGUGUCUUUGACAAAUUAAAGUGUAUCUUUAUGACACAGCUUUUCAUAAUCGUAUUAAAAGUGUUGUUUUAACACAUAUUUUCAUCUCUAAACAUACCUCAUCUACUUUGGAUGACUUUGAGUACAUUUACACCUAGUGCCAUCCUCACCUAGUUCUGUAGCUGGUACCCAGGUAGGUGGACCACACCUGGACCAUCAGGUGGACCUGUUGUAAGACUCCAGCACAUUUCCUCACACAUGCAGGGCAUGCCCUGGUAGACACAUGUCACUGUAUCCCACUUUCAUAGAUCAAUCAUUGGAUUGUCUGGUCCAAACUUGGGGUUUAUUUACAGCCUGCCACCAUAUAGCUGUAAUAUUGCUCAGUCCAGUGUUAAACAACAAACUUGGCUUGACUACCUGAUGUUCAUCACUGACAUACUCUUAUGAAAAUCUCAUGUUUAAAUAAGGCACUACUUAACUCAAAGAAUUUUCAAAUAUUGCAUUUAACAGGCAGGAAUUUCCUUUCAUUCAUGUUUGUUACCUGAAGAAGGUAAUGUUCAGAUAGCGAGAAUUUUCCUUUUGAUGUCAUCCUGUGAUAUAGUCUCCUUGAACAGUUACUAUGGAGAUGACUGACUUAACGAUCACCAUGUUGUUAUAUUGCUCAACUUGGUUCUCAACUUAACCAUUUGGAUGACCAUUACAUGUUUGUAUCGUCUCUACACAAGGUCGUUGUUUUACACUGUCAGAUCCCCAUCUCCAUCUUUAGAGACUUUUACCCUUUAUUUAUUACCUUGUUGUUUUACUUCAUGAAGUAGUAGUUUUGAUCAACUCUUGUCUAUGCAUAUCACAGCUGCGAUGAAAUAAAGCCAAAAUGCAAUAGAAUGAUCCGUUCUUGAUCAUGAACAAACAGUAUUUGGUAUCAAAUUGAUUACUGUUUAUUUGAUUGUAUUAGAUCCUCUGAUAGACGUAUCAGUCACCAGUGUGGAUACAUUAUGUGUACUAUCAGUAUACUGUAUGUACAUAUGUGUUGAAGAUUUGAGGAAGUCAGUACCUGUCAUUGUAUAUACCAUAUGCCUAUUUAAUCUCUCUUGUAUGCAUAACAUAAACAAAAUGUUCAAACAACUUUGAAGUGAACUUGUUUUUGUCAGUUAUUUUAUAUAAUAAAUCUAGUAAAUAUCA